AUGGAUGCGCUGAAGGAAUGGAUUCCAUCCUCUGAUGGCUACCUCCCAUACUACAUGUUCGGUCUCUCGAUCCUCGCAGUCGGCAACUCUUUACAGAACUACCUGACCCUCCACUACUCGCGACGUCUGUAUAAUGGCCAGUUCAUCGCAAACCCUUCGCUGCCGCCCAAAACCUCGACCUACAACCCCGAAGACGCGACGAACAAGAUCAUUCCUGCCGGCUCCGCCAAAGUCAAGCCCGGCAGCACCACCUUUGACCAGUGCACACCCCUGGCCGCCCGGCUCUUUGGCACUUAUACUCUGAUCUCCGCCAUCGUGAGGUUAUAUGCCAGUUACCAUCUGGAUAAGGAGCCCGUGUACAUGAUAGCGCUUUGGACGUACCUGGUGGCGUUGGGCCAUUUUGGCAGCGAGAUCUUUGUCUUCAAGUCGGCAUACCUCUUCGGACCGGAGAUCCUGCCGCAACUCUUCCCGCUGUGCUUUGCGACCAUAGGCACGAUUUGGAUGAUCGCGCAAAAGAGCUUCUACGUCCAGGUUUAA